AUGGCCAAUAUUGGCUAUGAAGGGUUGAAGGUGUUGAUCGGAGGGCCCGAUGGCUCGGUCGAGCCGACAUACUCCGUUAGUUUCGAUGCACAAGUUGCCGACAUUUGCUUCAGUGAAUGGAUUGGGCGGCUCAACCCCGUCAGGCUUGACAGGCAUUACGAUAUCUCUGUACGAAAAUACCCAGCCUGGUUACCGGGAAUUGAUCCGAAAUUCAAGCACCCCCCACUCCUGAUGUGCUUGAGAGGCAGCGUCAACCGCUUUGGCUGGGAUCAAACAGGGUCAGAGGCAUUUGAUGUGUUAUAUACAGAGGAACGAGCCACUUACUCUCAGACUGGGCACUGA